CGAUCUGAAAGAUGGCAGAGGGAGACAAGAAGAAGUCUGCCAAGAAGAAGCAUGGGAGCCGUAACCCGGUUCUGGCCCGGGGGAUCGGUCGCUACUCCCGUUCGGCUAUGUACUCCCGUCGCGCCAUGUACAAGAGGAAGACCAAGACCACUGAGACCAAGAUUGAGAAAAAGAUUAAGGCAAGACCCCAGUUCACUGUUGUGAAGACUGUUGGAGGAGACAAGAAUGGGGGUACCCGUGUUGUCAAGCUGCGCAAGAUGCCCCGCUACUAUCCCACAGAGGAUGUUGCUCGUAAACUGAAGAGCCAUGGGAAAAAGCCCUUCAGCCAGCACAAGAGGAAGCUGCGCGCCUCCAUCACGCCAGGAACUAUCCUCAUUCUGCUCACUGGUCGCCACCGUGGAAAGCGUGUGGUGUUCCUGAAGCAGCUCUCAAGCGGUCUCCUGCUUGUUACUGGCCCUCUUGCUGUGAACAGAGUCCCCCUGCGCAGGGCCCACCAGAAGUUUGUCAUUGCCACCAACACCAAAGUUGACAUCUCUGGCAUGAAGAUCCCCAAAACCCUUAAUGAUGCCUACUUCAAGAAGAAGAAGCUGAGGCGGCCCCGUCACCAGGAGGGAGAGAUAUUUGAUACAGAAAAAGAGAAGUACCAGCUGACAGAGCAGAGGAAGGAGGAUCAGAAGGCUGUCGACUCCCAGCUCCUGCCUCUCAUCAAGAAAGUACCUCAGCUGAAAGGAUACCUGCGCUCUACCUUUUGCCUGUCGAAUGGUGUCUACCCACACAAGCUGGUUUUCUAAUUGAGUUGUAAUAAAGAGUACCGCCAUA